AUGAUUGAAGAUACGAUUUUCGGCCACCCACAGUUCUACAUUUGGGCGAAGUACGUGGAAGAUUUCAACAAAAAGAACCCUACGAAGAAGGAAUUGAUGAUCCCGUCCUUGUUGACCCUUUACGAUGACGAAGGUUUGUCAAGAGUCCUCGAGAUGGCGAAGAAGGUGUCAGCCACUGAGGCGCUGGCCACGAAACUUAGGACGGAGCAAAUUCAGAGGUGA